CGUUGCCCUCUUAUUGACGCUUCAACUCUCGCGCCUGCCAUCGAGUUGAAAUGAAAAUCAAUUGCAUCUGUUUCGUCGUCUUCACGGCAUCCAACGCGAUUCUACUUCCGCUUUGGAACCUUAAUCAACUGCAAAGACUACCGGAACCUAUUCCGCCACUUUCCUUCUUACUCAUGCAGCAUUACCUGUCGAGAAACGUCAAUAUUCAAAACAGCGUCUACCUAGGCCGAAAUGCCCUCAAAGUCUCUUACACCAACGACUACCAAAAGUUGGUCGAUGAAGAUGCAAAUUUCAUGCAAGGCAGCGGUUACGUUGAGCUUCCGCUGACGACAUUUUACCAAGGCACAAUCGACUUGGACAUUGCUGCGGAACGCAAUGGCAAAAGGACCAAAGAUCCGGAACGGGCCGGUGCUGCCGGCCUGGCCUUCCGCAUUCAGUCCAAUUACGAUCAAUACGAGUUGGUCUACCUGAGAACGACGAACGGGCGGUUCAAUUUUCCUCCGCCUUCCAUUGAACGACUGGGAAGAGCCGUUCAAUACGCCUCGCCACCGGAAUGGACAAGCAACAAACUUAGAAAUCAGUACCCCGGUCGAUUUGAGGCACCUGCCAAAAUUGGCCAAGGAAGAUGGAAUCAUGUGAGGAUCGACGUCCGGAAUAAUACCUUGACCGUUUACGUUGAUGGGAAUCCUGCCUCAUCGAUUCAAACAAAUCUUCUCGGUCUUGACGCCCGAGGAUCAUUAGCCUAUUGGGUGGAUGCUGGCACAAAUGCCUAUUUUACUAAUCUGAAAAUCAUUGAAGCAUAA